AUGUCCCGCCACCUCAGCAGCCGGCUGAUCGUGGCAGUAUUGGCUGCUUCACAAGUGGCUGCGUCACCGUCUGUCAACGUUCGAAUGCAGGCGGCAUUUACUAGCGGCCCCUACUUACUUGAACUACUUGAAACUGCGACGGCCGAGAACUCUUCAGCUUACUUUCCUCUACUCGAUCGAAUUGCCAGCGGGCGAUUCGCCAAAUUGUCAACUGAGGCUGAGCUCUAUGAAGAAUUCACCAGCGUCGUACGAGCUGAUGGUCAUAUUACCAGCCCAGAGGCCCAGUCUACUUUUAACCUAGACCUCUCUUUGCGGUCCUCCAUUCCAAGAGUUGAAGCAAACUACCAAUACUAUGAUACCGUUGUCGCGUUAUCUGAUAUAGAUACAUCGUGUGAAGCAUGGGUUCUCUUGGGCGGAAAUCAAUAUUGUACCCCGGAAUUGGAUACUGCUGCGAAAAUUGGGGUGUUCGACUCGAAACUAUCAGCUCUGCCAUUUGACCGCUCUAUAGGUGUUGGCAAAGGUGCAGUGCUCUAUGCGGAUCCGACAUCCCCCAACUUUGGAAAAUUUCACGAGCUGCUUCAGAGAGCUGCCAAAGCUGGCGAACUCAAUUAUCGGGUGCGAUACCGUCGCCCUCUAAAUGUCAGGAACAAGCCGCUGCUGGUCAGCGGCUUUGGAGUCGAACUGGCUCUUAAACGAACCGAUUAUAUCGUCAUUGAUGAUAGAGCGUCGCAACAUGAAGGGGGAGCGCAAAAGCCCUUAAAUACUGAAGCCAUAUUUGAGGAGCAAGAGUCGACCGACAUUCGCCCGCUUUCGACUUCAGAGCUAGAGACUCUUGGCAUGAAGUCUUCGUCAUUCAUUCAGAGCAGCAAGUCUCCUUUCGAGACUCUUGUCAAACUCAUGCAAGACUUUCCAAAAUUUUCCGCAUCGAUCUCUGCGCACAAUGUGUCGACGAGCUUUUCUGAAGAAUAUCAACGAGGAUACCUACAGCGCGUGCCGAGAGGGGUUAACGCAUUGUGGAUGAAUGGUUUGCAAUUGAUAGAGCGUCAAAUUGAACCGUUCUCCCUGGUUGAAAUGCUUCGGCGUGAGCGAAAGCUCCUUGAUAUCGUCCGCAAUCUGGGGUUAGAUGGAGUUGAUGCCAUAUCACUGCUUGGACACGAAAAGGUCGCGGCAUCCAAGUCGGAUACAGGUGAAGCGAUACGAUAUGAAUGGACUGACAAAUUAGAGGACGGUCGUGCUAUCGUCUGGCUGAAUGAUCUAGAAAAGGAUACCCGAUAUGCCCAGUAUCCGGACGAACUGAGUUCUCUGCUCCAACGCACGUUUCCAGGACAAAUACCAGCAAUUGCCAGGAAUGUUUUUAAUGUCGUUUCUGCCCUUGACUUGUCAGAUGCCGAUGAUUUGACUGUGUUGAGCCAGCUGGCGGUGCUCAUUACUCGCGGAAUCCCGAUCCACUUUGGUGUCGUGCCCCUUACGUCCAAUACAGAAGCAUUGAAGCAGGCGAAGGUUAUUCGUCAUUUGAUCGAUAGAUAUGGCUUCAACGGACUUCAAACAUACAUUGACGGUCUUGGCGAGGAUCCCGAUCCUCAAUUGACUGAAUCAAGCUUCUCUCAAGUUGUUGAUAGUCAAAUAGCGGCCGCGGAUACCCAGGCUCAUGAAUACGCGAAAGUCCUGGAAACCGAGGAGUUCGAUACACAUUUCAAAAUGGCUAGGGAAUGGAUUACUAGACUCAAGGCAGCAGACAAAACUGCGCCUGUUUUCUUCGUCAACGGAGCUUUGAUGCCUCGUACUGCGAACUGGCUACAAAGCAUGAGCAUGCAGAUUUCGGAAGAUCUCCAAACGGUCCAGAAAGGUGUCUACCAUGGCGUCAUUGGCGACGAUGCGUGGGUUCCUGGAAUCUUCCUGGAAAGGGCCUUGAAACGCCGCAAUGAAUAUCUAUCUAUCGACGAUGCUCAUCCUCUUCGAAUUCUAGACGUCAGCAAGCUAUACGAAGAUCACCAAUACCUAUUCAGCACUAUUCCGGUGCAGAAAUGUGACCCGCAAGCAGCAAAGGAGGAGUGGGCCGCUGUAACAGUCAUCACUGAUGCGACUUCCUUGCGCGGCGUGGAGCUUAUACUGUCUGCCCUGGAGUUCAAGCAAAGCAACCCGGGCGUCCAAAUCGAUUUCAUCCACAAUCCUGUGUCUACAGAAGGGGCUUCUGAUGUCAACGAAGCCUUGAAGGUUGCCACAAGCAGUUCUAGCUUUGGCACGAGUGGCGAGAUUGAGAAACUCGUACGCGAGGCGAAGACGGGCUCCUCAAACGGUGACUAUGCUAUUUCGCUGAAGCGGUUCCUCUCGUAUGCAGAGCUUCAGCCAGGCAGCAGCAGUGUGCUUCUGAAUGGACGUCUGAUCGGUCCAAUCGCACCAGAAGAUAGCUUUUUGGAGGAUGACUUCACACAACUUCUGGGACUUGAGCGAAAAUCCCGAAUCCUCCCUGUCCUCGAAGCUCUCGACGAUCUCGGCUUGGGCGACAAAGUUUAUGAUCCCAUUUCCGCCGCCAAAUUGACGUCCAUCACCGCCUUAUCGACCAUACCCAACCUACCAGAAGGCAUUUUCGAAUCCUCGUCGUCAAUUCGAUCAACAGUCUAUGAAAAAUGGGAUGCAAACCACACCACAAUUGAAGUCGGCGAUGCAGAAAGUGCCAGUAUUCAUCUCGUUGCCUUGCUCAAUCCAUUGAGUGAGCAAGCUCAGCGAUGGGUACCGCUUCUGAGAGUCUUGUCGGAACUUGACGGUGUGUAUCUGAAGUUGUUUCUAAACCCUAAGGAGAAACUCGAAGAGCUUCCUAUCAAGCGGUUCUUCCGUUACGUCCUCGAAUCGAAGCCCUCUUUUGACGAAUCUGGCGCCAUCAGAGGCGGCCAGGCUACCUUCAAUGGACUACCCUCAGAAGCCCUUCUCACACUCGCGAUGGAUGUACCACCUGCUUGGCUAGUAGCAGCUAAAGAUUCCAUUCAUGACUUGGACAAUAUCAAGCUCUCUUCGACAAAUUCCGACGUCGACGCAACGUAUGAACUAGAACAUAUCCUCAUACAGGGUCACUCCAGGGAAGGAAAGUCCAGCCCCCCUCGCGGCGCCCAGCUUGUCUUGGGAACUGCGAAGGAGCCGCACUUGACUGAUACAAUUGUCAUGGCCAACCUGGGAUUUUUUCAAUUCAAAGCCAACCCCGGCAUCUAUUCUAUUCAUCUGAAAGAAGGACGAAGUGCAGACAUCUUCAAGAUUGAGAGCGUAGGCGCACAGGGCUGGACGGCGGUACCGGGCGAUGAGGGUACAUCUUUAGCUUUACUUGACUUCCAAGGGACGACACUCUAUCCUCGACUCUCCCGCAAGCCAGGCAUGGAAGAGAUCGACGUCCUGGAGGAAGGCGAUGGAAGAGCGGAGGGCAUUGUCUCCAAAGGCUUUAAGCUGGCAGAGGGCUUAUUGGGCAACGCUUUGGGCAGAAAGUCAUCCUCUGAUUUGGAACACGCUGAAAUCAACAUCUUUUCCGUUGCCAGUGGACACUUGUAUGAGCGAAUGCUCAACAUCAUGAUGGUCUCAGUUAUGCGGCACACAAAACACACAGUCAAAUUCUGGUUCAUUGAACAGUUUUUGUCCCCAUCGUUUAAGGAAUUUAUUCCUCAUCUCGCUGAGGAGUAUGGCUUCAAGUAUGAAAUGGUGACGUACAAAUGGCCGCAUUGGCUUCGAAAGCAAAAAGAGAAACAGAGGGAAAUUUGGGGCUACAAGAUACUGUUUUUGGAUGUUCUUUUCCCCCUCUCUGUUGACAAAGUUAUCUUUGUGGACGCGGAUCAAAUUGUGCGGACAGAUAUGAUGGACUUGGUCAAACUCGAUCUCGAAGGGGCUCCGUAUGGAUUUACUCCCAUGUGCGACUCUCGUACUGAAAUGGAAGGAUUCCGCUUCUGGAAACAGGGAUACUGGGCAAACUACCUUCGUGGACGUCCCUACCACAUUUCCGCCCUCUACGUGGUUGACCUGCGCCGCUUCCGCGAGAUUGCCGCUGGUGAUCGCCUUCGACAGCAGUACCAAGCUCUUUCCGCCGACCCCAACAGCCUAGCGAACCUAGAUCAAGAUUUGCCCAACCACAUGCAAUUCCAGCUCCCCAUCCAUAGCUUGCCCCAGGAAUGGUUGUGGUGUGAGACGUGGUGUAGUGACGAGAGCCAGAGCGAAGCGCGAACCAUUGACCUCUGCAAUAAUCCCGAGACCAAGGAGCCCAAGCUCGAUCGUGCUCGCCGUCAAGUUCCCGAAUGGACCGAGUACGAUGACGAGAUUGCAGCAUUGGCGAAGCGCGUCAAGACCACGGACAGCCGCGAUGGAAACGGGAAGAAAGCAAACCCGGAAAGAAACAGCAAGAGCCGGAACUUUGAGGAACCCGUCCACACCAAGGAUGAGCUGUGA